AUGCACUACUCGCCGUCUACUUCUCAUCCUGGCACUAUGGGCUCUCAGACCACGACUUACUGGAUUGUCAACGGGCAAAGAAUUGGAGGUUCGACAUUAGAGGACACAAAUUUUUGCUUUGAGUGCAAAAAAUUCCACAACGAGGACAGCCCUCUCCUUAUGAUACCUAAGGAGACGUGCGACGAGAUAAUGUCUUACCUUGACAUCAAAACUCUUAUAAAGCUUAAAGAAGUCUUCCAUCAUGGUGCUCUCUGGGUAGAGCGAUGUUUCGAAGGAAAGGUGAAACGAGAGCUCGCUGCGCACGGAAUUGUCGACAACAAGGCGUUUUCCGACGCUCUUCAAGAGCAUUCGGGCGUUGUUUUUGGUCGGGUGCCCACUCGUGUUUUCCUUCCGAGUACACUUCCUUCACGACUCCUCGAGAUUGCGGUGGCAAGUGGAGAAGGGGGCGGAAUGCAGGCACACAUGGAGGAGACGCAGGGGUGGGAGACGACAAACAAGUACCGUGGUGUUCCAAGGCCAGUCGGUUACAUUCUUGGUUAUCCUCACUUCGAGGAAAGGAUGGCACAGUCCUUCGUCCUCACCAAAGGGGACGUGACUGCGGUGAUCGUGGAGGUAAACGAAAACAGCGUGCCUCUCGAAGUCAUCAACAGGCUCCCAACAGGUGCAUUGAUGAAUUUCCUUAGCGCACGGCGAAUCGUCUCGCUGCACCCCCUGCAAACGAUCAACAACAUCGCCCUAUCCACUCUUCCAGGUGAUUUCACGAGAGGAGCUCAAUACGAUCAGCAAGUAACCGACGCACGAAUUCUAGAAGAAAUGCAGGAAGCAGGUGUCCUUGUCGCCGAGUUUAGCUCUCACGUCUUCCCCAAUCAUAGAUGCGCCUUCCACCCCUGCUGCCCCGACACCGUGAGGUUCUGGCCUGGUCUCGGCUCUUUCGACUGCACAAUCGAGCGGGAAGUGGAUAGAACAGACGGCUCGAUCGGGUCCCUGAUCUGGCGACCGCGGAAUUCUGGCUACUGCCAGCGCCCUCCUUCAGUAACUCGGCGGAGACACGUAUACGGUUUCUCAACGGGGUUGGAUCCAUCCCAAGGCAAGUGA